GCAGUUCGAACCCCACCGUCUCCCCGUCUGGACAUCCAUUCAAAAUCGGAAUCUAAAUUCAAAUUUACUUACAAAAUUUUUGGAAGCGCGUGUGGUCGGGUUUAAAAAUUUGUAGUUUCGCUAAAACGAAAAACUAGCCAAAAUUAUUUUCGGAAUCAGUGCCUAAGUUAGUUUAUUCCCUCGAAAAUGGACAAGUCUGAUAAAACUGAGAAGUCCGAAAAGGCAGAGAAACCAGAGAAACCUCCCAAGAUUGCCGGAAACUUCCUGUACAUGUUCGAGUUCGUGGUGGACGACCUGCUGAUCACCCGCCAGAAUCUCUGCGCUCCGGAGGAGUAUCCCACCUGCACGGAGAUCACGUUCCGCUCGUCGGUUUACGUGAAUAUCUGCGAUCGGGAGGUGGGCACCUGUGUUAACCCAUGCUCGCCCAAGUGCGGCAAGUGCGCCCUGUUCACGCUGGACUCUCCCAUCACGGACAAGGAUGUGCUGCAGGUUCAUGUCUAUAAGAAGCGCACGGAGAGCUGCAAGUUCUUGAUAGGACUAUCGGAGCUAAAGGUGAAGCCCAUCUUCGACCGCGUGAAGGAGUCCUUUGAUGCCGAGAAUCCCGACUGGGAAGGCGCCAUGCUGGGGCACAUCGCCCAGCUGCCCAAGAUGAAGGGUCCCACCAGCAAGGGCCUCCUGGACAAUUGUGCAUGCUACGAGAAGCUGAACGAACGCCACGAGCAGUGGUGUCCCACCUCGGAGUUGUCCAAGCGAUUGCUGCCCCUUUUCAACCUCUGCAAGAUGCAGACUGGCAACAUAGUGCUGAUCCUUCGAUUGGUGUGCAAUGGUCCGACCAUAGUGUCCACGUUCCCCUUCAGCAAGGUCUGCUCCCGGAACCCCAAGUGCCCCGAACCCUGCUGCGGUCCUUGUGGCCCCUGUGGUCCAUGUCCUCCACCUCCCAGCUGCGGCUCUUGCCCACCUCCUCCCUGCUGUGGUCCGCCAUGUCCGCCGCCCUGUGACCCCUGCGAUCCGUGCGAUCCCUGCAGUCCCUGCUGUGGUGGCGGAACUGCCACCGGGGGACCCAUGGACAAGAAGGGCUGCAAGGGCUCAUGUGCCCAGCCUCCUUGUCGUCGCUGCACAAUGGUGGAUCCUUGUGCCAAGCGAGUCGAACCUCCGGCCAAGUGCCUCAGGUACUACUCCUGCAAUCUGGACAAACUCUGUCCCUGUGAUUACUGCGAGGACGAGUUCGACAGGGAAUGUCCCACUGUUCCCACAAAGCGCUGCAAUCUCUCGCCCAUCGAACAAAAGCUGCAGAAAUGCGGUCCCUGCGGCGGAAUUCCACCGUACCCGCGGUUCAUCCAGGAGAAGAUGCAGGCCGCGCUGCUGAACAAACCGGAAACGGAUCCCAAGAAGGACAAGGAUGGUAAGGACAAGGGCGGCAAGGAUGGAAAGGAUGGCAAGGAUGGAAAGGAUGGCAAAGAUGGCAAGGGCAAGAAGAAGCGUCAGGCUGGAGGAGCUGUGUGCCGCGUAGGAGACGAGAAUGUUCCGUCCGCCGUCUACGAGGUUUGCGAUCCGGUCUGCGAAGGAGUCCUCCAGGCGACCAGGAAAAUGCGGUACAAGGAGCCCAGUGGCAGGUGCGACCGGCGGGAGGAGGAGUACGAAAUGGCCUGUGAUGAAGCGCGAAAACGGGCUGUGCGGAAAUUGCGCCACUUACUGGUGAAGUACAAUAUCCAAAUUGAGAAUUGAAGGCUUUCGGAA